AUGCAUUUGUUCAAUCUUAUCUGGUCUUCUCUAUUUCUCGCCGCCGCGGUCCAGGCGCAAACUGCUGGUCAGGUUAAAGUCCACGUCGUCGAGGUGGGCAAGAAUGGAUCCCUGACAUUUUCCCCGGACAACUUGAAAGUGAAUCCCGGAGAGAUGGUCCAGUUCCAGUUCUGGCCUAAGAAUCAUUCCGUCGUGCAAUCGACCUUCGAUAAUCCCUGCACCCCGAUAGACGCCGUCCAGCCGAAUAUGACUGGAAUCAAAUCCGGGUUCAUGCCUGUCUCUGCCUCUGCCACUACGAUCCCUGUGUUCACAAUAAUGGUAAACAACACGCAGCCACUGUGGAUGCACUGUAGCCAAACGGGACACUGUCAGAAGGGAAUGGUGAUGGCGAUCAAUGCACCAACCUCUGGUAACAAGACCUUUUCUGCUUUCAAGGACCUUGCUAUGAAGCAGUCCAGCACCAGCACCAGCAGCACCACUAGUUCCACCAGUGGCGGUAACUCCACGUCUGGAUCGGGAGCAGGAGCAGGGGCAGGAACAGGAACAAGUGGUUCCUCGAGCAGCAGCUCCAGUUCCUCUGCCGCGUCGGGCUCGUCAUCGACUCCUGCAACUGUCAGUGCGAGUGCGAAGCCUGCGGUCAAUGCCGCGAUCCUUAUGGUUUUGUUUGUAUUUGGCUUCAUAUUUGUCGCGCUGUAA